CCAGGUAACCAUAUCGGGUAGGCAGGCAAGGCAGGCCACUAAGCCACUAAGCUCUCAGUCCGUGAGUAGCUGCGGUUGUGAAAGGACGUACGCGCUCGUACCCCUCCUCUAGCUUACUCGGUGCGCUUUGCAAAUUCUACAUUUGAAGAUGGGAGGCCAAACUAACGGCACCUGGACCCCAACCAAGAGGAGGGGCCCCAUUGCUGCAGAAUUCUCAAGUCCGGGACCAGCCGCCAUUGCCCUGAAAUCCGGAAUUGGUUCUGGGGGCGCCACAAAGAGUCGACCCCCAGCCUUCACCAUGGCGUCACGUCAUGAACCUAAGAAUGAGAAGGUGGGACCUGGACCAGGGCAGUAUAACGUCACGGGACUCUCCAAUAAAGCAGGCAAGGAUGAACCAGCUGCAGCCUCCAUGCACAUUAAGCCAAAGGACCCUAAGGUCUACGUUACUCCUGCACCUUGCGAUUACUCUCCAGAAAAGGCGGAAAGGAAGGUCAAUGAGGCGUCUCCAUGCUUCUCCUUCGGGGUCAAGGCAGAUCCCGGAAAACCAUUUGAAGCGCCAGCCCCGAACAGCUAUUCCAUCCCGUCUCUCCUCGGCCACACGAAGGAAGGAGCUAAGCAUUCAGCUCCGAGUUUCACCAUGAGCGCACGUCCCAAGGAUGCCGAGGAUAAGAUGAAGGUGCCAGGACCUGGCUCCUACGAUGAAGCUACUGUAGACAAAUACAAAACACUGAAAAGUCCUUCCUUCAGCAUGGGUCAGCGUACUACAAUCCCGUCAGAUCACACCAUGAAGCCAGGGCCGGGAGCUCAUUGCCCUGAAAAGUGCUUCAACGACGGUGGCCCUAAGUUCACUAUGGCUGCAAGACCAAAUGAAGCUGAGGAUAAAAUGAAGGUUCCAGGACCGGGAACUUAUGAUUCGGGAGACCUGGACAAAUGCCGGGAAAAAAUGCCGGCGUACACGAUGGCACCGAAGACAAAUCUUCCAGUAGACAAUAGUCCCAAACCUCCUCCCAACGCUUAUUCUCCUGAGAAGUGCUUCAAGGACACCGGUCCCAAGUUCACAAUGGCACCGAGACCAAAUGAAGCUCAGGAUAAAAUGAAGGUUCCAGGGCCGGGAACUUAUGAUUCAGGAGACUUGAAUAAAUGCCGAGAGAAAAUGCCUGCUUAUACGAUGGCACCAAAGACAAACCUUCCAGUUGACAAAAGUCCCAAACCUCCUCCCAACGCUUAUUCACCUGAGAAGUACAAUCCUUCGGGACCAAAGUUCACCAUCGCACCCCGCCCACUCGAGGAAACGGAUAAGAUGAACGUCCCUGGUCCCGGGGCGUACGACGCUGGCGAUCUUGACAAGUGCCGUCUGAGUAUGCCAGCUUUCACGAUGGCACCAAAGACGACCAUGCCCACUGAUCACACUCAAAAGCCAGCCCCCAAUGCCUACUCACCCGACAGAUCAGAAACGUCGGAGCAGAAGACGACGCCCCAGUUCUCUUUCGGAAUCAAGCACUCUAAAUAUUUGGGCAAGCUGCGAGACCAGUAGGCCUUAUCAUGUCAGGCCCAUGGAAACCUACACUCUCACCUGGUUUUCCUAGGUGGUAAAGAAGUGUGGUUUUUGCCAUCCCCCCCCCUUCCCAAAAGCAUUUGAACCUGUCAAUAAUAUAAUUAUGUUGUGUUUUUUGACAAAGAACAAUUUAUAAGGUCAGAUUCACGAAAUAAUAGCAAACGUAACGGAAACAAUUUUUUGUCAAUAAUUCUUAUUGAAAUUAGAGAAGGUAAUGACGAGUUCUAAGGCUUCCAUUUGUAAAAGAGAACGUCAGUACACUUUUAUCCUCUUUCUGUCGUAUACAGAAACAUCAUUUUUGCACUUCUCGCUGUAAGAGCUGGAAAUCAUUUCGUAAAUAUAAAGAUGAGAUUUGGUUUUAAUACUGCAGUCUUGUUUAAAGCGAUGGGACUACAUCAGUGACUAUCAAAUCAAUUUACAUUAUAUAACUUAUCACACCAGGCAGUUGACAACAUAUUUAAGGUGACAUUUGUCCUAAUAUCGACGACAAACUCUGUGCAUUUUAGUGGCAAAUUUCUACCUCGGAUAAAGUUCUUUAUUCAGUAGGAAAUGACCAUUGACUUUAAAUACAACAGCUUCAGUCUUUCAGUAUUGUACCUGACUAAGAAAAAAUGACAUCAUACGAAUGGCCAAUACAAAAAAAGACAAGUGUUAUUACGCAUGUGUUGUGGCGUUGUCAUUCAUCGCCUUCAGAUUCACGAAUUAAAAGCAGAAAUGACUUAAUCGAAAAAUGCCGAAAACGUAUUUAGAUGCAUUGGUAAGUAAGGAUUAUAUACAAUUCUUUACUUAUGU